AUGGCUCUAAUGACCGGUCGUCGGUCGAGGGCGCUAGACUCUGACGAUAAUGAUGACUCCAGACCGAACACGCCAUCAUCCACCGCUCCGAAUGACAGCAAGAGGAUGCGCCGCCCACCUGGCUCCCAGGAUGAUGUAGGUGGUGCUUCAGCCGAUACAGACUCUGCUCCACCGUCCUUGAUUCUCUCAGGAGCGCCUGAUAGCGCUGUUGUCCAGAGCAACGUACAAAAUGAACCAAAAUACCAGCCUGGUGCAAUCGUCCGGGUUAAACUAACGAAUUUCGUUACUUACACCUCUGCCGAAUUCUUCCCCGGCCCAAAUCUAAACAUGGUCAUCGGCCCUAACGGGACAGGUAAGAGCACGCUUGUCUGCGCCAUAUGUCUUGGGCUGGGCUGGCCGCCUUCGUAUCUCGGAAGAGCCAAGGAUCCCAGCGAAUUCGUCAAGCAUGGCUGUCGCGAAGCGACCAUUGAGAUUGAACUUCAUGGGCCCCCUCGGACAAGAAGAAAUCCCAUCAUAAUGAGAACUAUAAAGAAAGAGGGCAAUAAAUCCGUGUUUAUGUUGAACGACAAAGCAUCCUCCGCAAAAAUGGUUCAAGCUAUGGCAAAUUCUUUUAACAUCCAAAUCGACAACUUGUGUCAAUUUCUGCCCCAGGACAAGGUGGUAGAAUUUGCUCAAAUGAGUCCAGUCGAACUUUUAGCGAGCACCCAGCGUGCAGUCGCCGGCGCUGAGAUGACAAAGAUGCAUGAAGAUCUGAAGAAACUGCGAAGCUCCCAAACUCAAUACAUCAGCGAGAACAGGGGCCACCAAGAGCAACUUGUCAAUCUCCAAAAUCGUCAAGAGAUGCAACGUUCAGAGGUCGAUCGAAUGAGAGAGCGAGCAUCGGUGCAGAAAAGACUGACAUGGUUCGAAAAGUGUCGCCCCAUAGCAAGAUAUGCCGAUGCGAAGACCAAGUACCGCGACGCAAGACAUAUGAUCCCACCACUUGAUCGCCAAUUGACACGGCUUAAGGACGCCUCAGCCCCAACUUUGAAGAGGCUGGAGUCAAAACAGCGGUACAGCGAACAGGCGAAACAAGUCGUUUCUCAUCGUGCGAGAACUUUGAAGGAUAGUGAGCGCGAAUGCGAUCGAUUGAUGAAAGAGGUCGAGGAGAAGCAAGAUAGAAUCAAGGAUCUCGACAACAAGGUCGAGGCUGAAAAGAAGAGCAUCCCCAACACCAGGGGAGAGAUCAAGCAGAACGAGUUAAAGCUAACCGAACUCAAACGGAAGAAAGCCGAGCCGCCUGAAGAUUUUGAUGUUCGGAUCAUCUCGGAUGAGAUUCAAAGCCUACGAAACAAAGAGAGACAGUUCAGCGGUUACGAGCAAGAUUUGAAGCUACGUUACGACAAUCUUAGAGAGCAAGGAAAAGAAAGAACUACGAAACUUACAGACCUAAAUAAUACUCUUCAAGGUCUAGAAACACAGGCGGGGCAACAAGAAAACAAGUUGAAUAGUCUCUCGCGCGACACCUUUCAAGCCUGGAAGUGGGUACAAGAAAAUCGAGAUCAGUUCAAGGACGUCGUCUACGGACCACCAAUCUUGGAAUGCUCACUUCAGGAUUCCCGAAUGGCCGAUGCCAUCGAGUCACUUUUGCAAGAGAACGACUUCAAAAUCAUUACUGCCCAGAAUCGGGAAGAUUUUCUCAAGCUUCAACAGAAAUUGCUAAAGGAGAAAAAGCUUCAUGAUGUGAGCCUGCGCACAUGCUCCGCGAGCGACCUCUCACAACACCGGCCACCACUGUCUCAGACAGAGAUGAACAAUUUUGGCCUGGACAGCUGGGCGAUUGACCAUUUAGUCGGCCCGCCUACUGUACUUGCGAUGUUGUGCAGUGAGAAGGCCUUACAUCGGUCCGCUAUCGCAUCCAAGGAGCUGAGUCAGCAGCAGCAUGAUGAUCUGGCGAAUACUACGGUUCAGAGCUAUGUUGCUGGCCGAAAAACCUAUCAAUUCAUAAGGCGAGCGGAGUAUGGCUCAGCAGGCAACACCGCACGAGUGCGAGACGUCAGGCCGGCCCAGAGAUGGACUGAUCAACCUGUCGACAUGGGAAGGAAAGCGUCGAUAGAGCGGUCAAUCGCUGAAAAUCACGGUGAGCUCGAGAUCAUCAGAUCUGAAAUUUUGAACCUCAAGAACGAAGCGAAAGAAAAGAAAGGCGAACAUGAACAAGUGGGCGUGCAACUUGCAGCACUGUUGAGCCAGAGGGACGCCAAACAGACCGCUAGGAAAGUAUGGUUGGGGCUUGACCAGAAGAUACAGGACACAGAGACCAAGCUCGAAGGUCUACAAGAUCAGAUUGAAGGUUUUCGUGGCCGAGUCAAUGCGCUUCGGGCAGAAAAGGACCAUAUGCUCUUGGAAAAGGCUCAAGCCAUCUUGGAUUUUGCAGCCGCAACGGGAGCACUGAAGGCGGCGGCGGCACGUUUUCUUGAAGCCCAGGUCAUCGCCAUCGAAGCUGCAUCUGAUGUUGAAGGGUUGGAGAUACAGAACGAGCACAUUGUUCAGACGAUACAGGAGAAAGAGGUAGAGCUUGCAGAGGCAAGACGUGUUUGUGCCCAAGAGAAACAAGUUGCCGAACAGAUCCUUAGAGAAGUGUACCAAUUGAAGGUUGAGGCUCAACGACUGGAGGAGGAGGAAGAAGACUCUGGGCUAGCUAAGACGAUGGAGCAAGUGGGUGCUCUGCAGACCGAAGAGAACCUCGACGCGGAGAUUGACUCUCAGAAUGCUCAGCUGGCAUUGACUGAAGGUGGAAAUGCCAGCAUCAUUAAAGAAUUCGAGGACCGCGCCAAAAUCAUUGAGAAGCUCAAGGCCAAGGUUCAGGAAGCCGAGAGGCGACAAGAGGCUUUCGCGAACGGCAUCAAGGAAAUUCGAGGCAAAUGGGAACCGAAGCUAGAGGGUUAUGUGGAGAGAAUCAGCGCCGCAUUCUCCGACUCGUUCGAUCGCAUUGGCUGUGCGGGUCAGGUGACCGUGUUCAAGGCCUCAUCUGACGAUGCAACUGACUGUACUGAAGAAAAUGGAGGGAUGAGUAACGGGCUGGACUUCGGCAACUGGGCCAUCCACAUCAGCGUCAAAUUCCGCGAACAAGAACCUCUCAGCCUUCUAGACAGCCAUCGGCAGUCCGGCGGUGAAAGAGCGGUCAGCACCAUCUUCUACCUCAUGGCGCUGCAAAGUUUGAGCCAGGCACCAUUCCGCGUGGUGGACGAGAUCAAUCAGGGCAUGGACCCCCGCAACGAACGAAUGGUCCAUGGAAGAAUGGUCGACAUCGCUGCGGAAGACGGUGGUAGCCAAUACUUCCUCAUCACGCCCAAACUCCUGAACGGGCUGAAAUACAGGAGAGGGAUGACAGUUCUCUGUAUUGUGAGCGGUGAGAACAUGCCUGCUGCGCGCCAGGAGGACGGACGUGGGAACGUGGUUAGCAGCGGUCCCAAGAUCGAUUUCCGGGCUUUUGCGAAGAGGGCAAGGGAGUUGGGCAUUGCCAGUGGUCACGACGCUAGAAGUGCCCUUGCGAUGAACGACCGAUCGUUCACGGUGACGAGCCAAGUGUCUGAAAUCGGGGCCUUUUGA